ACCCAGGCGCCCACAAUUCCCAAAUUUUAAUAGCUUAACACUUGAGGGUUCAUUUCCUGAGAACACAAUACAGUGUGUCUGUUUGGCAGACCGCCUUCCACACAGUGAUCCAGGGACCCAGGCUCCUUCCCUCCGUGGCUCUGUCUCCUUGCACUCCUAGAAGUGCUCCCCAUUCAGUUGGUAGAGAAAGAACCACAAGUGGGAGGUUUUUCUGGGAUGUUUUUGGGGGCCAGACCUGGAAUUGGCCCAGGGCACUUCUGUUGGCAGUCCAUUGGCCAGCAUGUGGUCACAUGACCACGCCUUACUGCAGGGAUGCCUGGGAAAUGGAGUCCAGCCGCAAGCCUGGCAGGAAAAGAAGAACAUGGAUACUGGGGAGCACUCCCAGUCCCUGACACAGUGACAGUGUUGGAUGCCAGCCCACAUCUUUUGUACACAAAGCCCGUGUUCUUUCCACUCUAUUUAGCUGAUUCUUGUCACAAGCUCCUUUAUGGGCCCUUUUCUCCUGCCAGACUUGCCCACUUACUGUGCCCAGCACCAGACUUUCACCUGCUGGGUCCCCGCUGCCGUGGUGGGUGCUGGGAAGAGAAAUGCCUCCGGAAGGAGCUCCUCUUACCCUGGAUCCGUGCUCAGGCGAGCUUGAGAAGGCUGUAGCCCAGGGCUACAUUCUCUGUGUCUCCCGGUCCUGAGCCCACUGGGUGCUUCUGGGCACAUGCUAAAGCCAGGGAACACCUCCUCGGUAUGAAACUAGAAGGCUGCAUAGAAAGUUUCAGGGAGCAGGAGAAAAGAGGUUGGAUCUUGGAGUCUUGGCUAGACCAUGAGCCCUGGGCCAGGCCUCAGCAGUAAAGGGGGUGGUACCCCGGGAUCUCAGCCCUCAAAUGCUGCAAUCCUGGUAUGGCUGGUUAUUUGCCAAAAAUGAAUCAUGUGGCCUGCCCUUAAUCUGUUAACUGAUGUGUUGCCUUUGAACCCUCAUGAUGCUAAAGGACAAAACUGCUGGAGCCAGCUGGAGGCCAGAUGCCCUCUGGAUGUUUCCUCAACUGUAGGGCAAGCUCAGUGACCCUGGCAAUGUUCUAGCAGGGCUGGUGUUGGUGGGCACCCAGGUCCUGCAGAAUCAGGCCAACACCAUCUGUUAGGAGACCCCUGCGUUUAGUCAGAAUAGCUCCCUCCUCCAGGAAGCCCUCAGUGGUCCCUACCUGUUCAGAACUCAAGGCACUGGUUGCCAUUCCACGUUAAGGUCCUGCAUUGCCUCGUAACACUUGGCAGUUGGCACACAGCUCUCCUCCCGUCCCCUGUUAGUCUCUCACGCAGGCGCGAAACCCUGCUUAAAAAUGUGUCUUGCUUCGAGACUUGGCAUCCAGGACUCGCCCUGGGAAGAAUUUGUUUUUGUUUUAAUGCCGAGGACGUUUGCAUGAAAACAGGAUCUUUGUUGCUUAGGAAUUGAUCAACUCCUGCUGCUGCUUUUCUCUGCUAAAGUGCCAGCCCCAUAUUUGUCACAGGCAAGCAAGUGACGGUAGGGACAGCUGGGGCCUCCACAGAUAAGGGGAUCCUGGCCCUACAGGGAGGGCUGCAGAGGCCACAGAGUCCAAAGGGAAUCCGGGAUCCACCCAAGGCUGAAAAGAGCUUGCAGGUGAGCGGUGCCGUUGGCCGAAGAACCGUCUCAUGAGUGAAGAUUUUCCACGAGUCCAGUUUGUUCUAGAUGUUUGGGGGAGAAAAGAAGCGGCAAUACCUUAGGACAUGGCCUCCACCUGCAAGGACAGAGAGUAAAAAAGAUGACGUAGGAGCCGGUACGUGUAGCAGAGAGGCGGGAGGUGAGGAGUCGGGCAGACUCGGGGUCUGCUCCUUACCCGGCGUGUCUGCAUGGACACGCUGCCUAACCUCUCUGCGCCCCACUCUCCCCCUGUGCGAAAGAUCACCCAUCUCGCGGGCUUAUGGGGAUUAACUCAGAUGCUAAUCGUUACGUGGUUGGCAUAGUAGGCCCUCAAUAAAGCCCAGCUAUUAUUACAAAUAUUAAAAAUAACAAUUCAUAAUAAUACCAGAUGCUCUCCAUCCUAAGGAAGAGAUAUCCAGAUGGCCACGGAAGGCUAUUUAGAGAAAGGACUUGAACUAGAUUUGACACAGCUGUGUCCACUGCAGCCGAUUCCUGAGGAGGUUUUGGAAACAGUGUCCAAGAAAUGGAAGUAAAAUCUCCCACGUGAACGUGGAGGGGGUCUCCAGGCCCCCUGCUCCGCAGCACCCCCGCCCCGGCCACCACCCAAGUGUGGCCCCAGCCUGGCCUGACAGACAUCCCCAAAGAAGGGACAGAGAUGAGAAACGCCUGGGGUGACCACCCGACCGGUCUUGACACACCGACUGCUCUUGGAGUCAACACGUACCGAGAUUCCCAGGAUGUAAGCGAUCCGGGACUGAUAUGAUGCUGCCUCUUGUAUGUAGCCAUUGGAGCAGUGACAAUUUUCUGGGCUGAAAUCAUUCUCAACACUCAAACAUUAGACUUCAGCAUUCAAGGAAAGCCAAAGCCAUUGGAGGGGGACUACAAGCCCAAAGCCUUUUAUCUUACUUGUUCCAAAAAUUUCACUGCCCCUUUCCUACCUGCCCACCCCUGCCCACCCCCCAGAUUAAACUAUUGCACACAGACAGGCAGCAUGGCGAGCAAGCGAAAAUCCACCACACCGUGCAUGGUUCGGACCCCACAAGUAGUAGAACAGGAUGUGCCCGAGGAAGGAGACAGGGCCAAAGAGAAAGGAAUCAGCGCACCACAGCCUGAAGCAGCCAAGGACAGUUGGACAGUGGAACCUGAAAACUCUUCCAAAGAAAAUGAAGUGAUCGAAGUGAAAUCUACAGGGGAAAACCAAUCCAAAAAACUCCAAGGUGGUUACGAAUGCAAGUACUGCCCCUACUCCACGCAAAACCUGAACGAGUUCACGGAGCACGUUGACAUGCAGCACCCCAACGUGAUCCUCAACCCCCUCUAUGUGUGUGCUGAAUGUAACUUCACAACCAAAAAGUACGACUCUUUGUCUGACCACAACUCCAAGUUCCAUCCCGGGGAGACCAACUUCAAGCUGAAGUUGAUCAAGCGCAAUAAUCAGACUGUCUUGGAGCAGUCCAUCGAAGCCACCAACCACAUCGUGUCCAUCGCAGCCAGCGGCCCCACCAGCGGCGACGGUGAUCCCGGCAUCUCCGUGAGUAAGACGCCCAUCAUGAAGCCAGGGAAACCAAAAGCUGAUGCCAAGAAGGUGCCCAAGAAGCCCGAGGAGGCCACUCCCGAAAACCACGUGGAAGGGACGGCCCGCCUGGUGACUGACGCGGCUGAGAUCCUCUCGAGACUCGGAGGCGUGGAGCUCCUCCAGGACACGCUAGGACACGUCAUGCCUUCUGUCCAGCUCCCACCAAAUAUCAACCUUGUCCCCAAAGUCCCUGUCCCGCUGAAUACUACCAAAUACAACUCUGCCCUGGACACGAAUGCCACCAUGAUCAACUCCUUCAACAAGUUCCCUUACCCAACUCAGGCUGAGCUGUCCUGGCUGACCGCUGCCUCCAAGCACCCGGAGGAGCACAUCAGAAUCUGGUUCGCCACCCAGCGCUUAAAGCACGGCAUCAGCUGGUCCCCGGAGGAGGUGGAGGAGGCCCGGAAAAAGAUGUUUAAUGGCACCAUCCAGUCGGUACCCCCGACGAUCACCGUGCUGCCAGCCCAGUUGGCGCCCACCAAGAUGUCACAGCCCAUCCUCCAGACAGCACUGCCGUGCCAGAUUCUCGGCCAAACCAGCCUGGUGCUGACUCAGGUGACGAGCGGGUCGACGACCGUCUCUUGCUCCCCCAUCACACUUGCCGUGGCCGGAGUGACCAACCACGGCCAGAAGAGACCUUUGGUGACUCCCCAGGCUGCCUCCGAGCCCAAGCGUCCACACGUCGCUCAGGUGCCAGAGCCCCCACCCAAGGUAGCCAACCCCCCUUCCCUGACCCCAGCCAGCGACCGCAAGAAGACAAAGGAGCAGAUCGCGCAUCUCAAGGCCAGCUUUCUCCAGAGCCAGUUCCCCGACGACGCGGAGGUCUAUCGGCUCAUCGAGGUGACCGGCCUGGCCAGGAGCGAGAUCAAGAAGUGGUUCAGCGACCACCGGUACCGGUGUCAAAGAGGCAUCGUGCACAUCACCAGCGAAUCCCUUGCCAAAGACCAGCUGGCCCUCGCGGCCUCCCGACACGGCCGCACGUACCACGCCUACCCAGACUUCACCCCACAGAAAUUCAAAGAAAAAACCCAGGGUCAGGUUAAGAUCCUGGAAGACAGCUUUUUGAAAAGCUCCUUCCCGACCCAAGCGGAACUGGACAGGCUAAGGGUGGACACGAAACUCAGCAGAAGGGAGAUCGAAUCCUGGUUCUCGGAGAGACGGAAGCUUCGGGACAGCAUGGAGCAAGCUGUCCUGGAUUCCAUGGGGGCCGGCAAAAAAGGCCAAGACGUGGGGGCCCCCAACGGUGCUCUGUCUCGGCUCGACCAGCUCUCCGGGGCCCAGUUAGCCGGUUCCCUGCCCAGCCCCUCACCAGCAAUUACGAAGAGUCAAGAACAGGUCCAUCUCCUGCGGAGCACGUUCGCCAGAACCCAGUGGCCCACCCCCCAGGAGUACGACCAGUUAGCGGCCAAGACCGGCCUGGUCCGGACUGAAAUCGUGCGUUGGUUCAAGGAGAACAGAUGCUUGCUAAAAACCGGGACCUUGAAGUGGGUGGAGCAGUCCCGGCACCUAGCCGGCGAGCACGGUCACGGCCACGACGCGGCGCCGAGGAAAGCCGCGAGAGCCGUCGCGGCCGAGAGCCCGAAGAAUGGGAGCGAGGUGGCUCAGCCCCACUACAAGGACCCCAAAAAGCUCUGCGAGGAGGACUUGGAGAAGUUAGUACCCAGGGGGAAAGUGAGCAACGAGCCGGCAAAAGACGGUGCGCCGGCCAAGCCUUCGGAAGGCGCCUCGGACAGGUCGGAGGGCAGCAGCCGGGACGGCCCGGGCAGCGAGGAGAACGAGGAGUCGGGCGUCGUGGAUUGGGUGGAGGUCACGGUCGGAGAGGAGGACGCCGUCUCAGACCGGUCCGACAGCUGGAGUCAGACCGCAGCCGAAGGUGCCGCCGAACUGGCCGGCUCGGACUCGGACAGCAUCCCGGCAGAGGCCGGCCAGGCCUAACAGGGAUGUCUGUUGGAACUGCAUUGCUGAUAAAGGGGGCGUUCUGUCUUUGACGAAAGAAGAGAACCUCCCUCCCCGGCCAUGGGCCACCCUGGCCAGAGACUCCAAGUGGAACCACUUAGCGGGCACGUGGCUGCAGGGAACAGGAACCCCAGCCCUCACUCACGCCGCCCGGAGGACCGGUGGGAAUUGUUCAUAGUGCCAAAGUCCUACUACUGCGUUUUCAAUGGGUCCCUGUAAAUAGUUUGCUCCUCUGCCCUGGCCCCCACCUCUUGCUAUACUGGAACCAAUUUGUACAAUGUGGGAAUUUUGUUACCUUUUUAAUCAAGGGCAGCAUCCUUUUCCAGCACUACCAUUGUAAGGUUUUUUUUUUUUUUCCCCAGGCGGGAGGGCUGAUCACACGUGCUUUUCUCUUUUUUCCUUUUCUUUUUUUUUUUAAUCUUUAUUUUAUUAAUUUUGGGCAGUGGGGGGAUGUUAGCAUUAGUGCCGUUAUAUCUACUGGACUUUAGGUAGGGAGAGUUCAUUUUUUUUUUUUUUUUUUUUUUUUUUACGUAGUUUGAAAUUUGCGCGAUUUCUCUGUGGGAAGGGCUUGGAUUGGGGCAUCUGUCUCCACUUUGAGAGGGUUUACAGAUGAUGGAGCUUCCGGAUCAGAUCCAUUUCCAGUUCUCCCCCUAGCCCCCCCCCACCCCGCACCGGGGUCCCUGUUUAGCCACGCACAAGGCUUUCCGAACUGCCAGCAGGUAGAUCUGCUUUCUCCACUGCCUGGCCUCUUCGGCUGACCGUGGGCCGAGCCAGCACCAGAGACCCCAGGGGCAGGUGGCCUCUUUUCAGAUACCAGCAGAAAGGGCUCCCCCAUUUUUAGCAUUAUCAUUACUUCUAUGAAAUUAAAACAACAAGAGGUCUUCCUAUCUAGAUGGUACAAAGAUGAACCGCUUCAGUUUUUGGUUUCUGUUCCUGACUGGCUUUUCUCAGUGUGGUUUUUGACAAGAUUUCAGCUUGAAGCCUCACCAUGAACUGGUUUUUGUUUGUUUGUUUGUUUGUGUGUUUGUUUUUGGGCCAAUUUUAGAUUCUGGAGUGCACUUUUUUUUUUUUUCUUUCCAGUUAGUCCUAACUUCUAAAGAGGAAAAACCAAGAGACGUAUCUGGUGUAAAUGUCGCAAUAUGAGUUGUGUUUGCAACCCAACCCUCCCCCUAGCCCCCCAUUUGGGUACCCUGCACAAAUAAAAUGCUAGGGAGUUUGAAAAAAAAAAAACACAAACCAUUUUUUCUAACUUGUUGCUCAUUUGUUGUAACUCAAUAAAGCAAAGACUAAACAUUUUUAUAA